AUGUCCGCGAAUCCUUCGACCGACGACAACCCAUCCGCGGCGGGAUCUCCGCCUCAGGUCCCGGAGACCCGAGAACCGCAGCAGCAGCAGCAGCACGAGGAGUCCCCGACCGCGGAGGAGAUAACACCCGGCCCUGAAACCAAGGAGAGAGAAGAAACAGAACCAACAAGCGAAAGAGAACCAGGAGAGGAACCAGAGGCAGCAGCAGCUACAGAAUCAGAUUCCGCACCUCCGUUACCGGACGAGGUCCCCCCGCCGCUCCCCAACGAAGCACCCCCAGGGGAUAAUAAAGAUGACGGAUGGGAACCCGUCUGGGACCCCACCGCCCAAGCCUAUUACUUCUACAAUCGGUUCACGGGGGUCUCGCAAUGGGAGAACCCGCGCGUACCGGACGCGACAGCUAAGGCGGAUGAUAACACCGCCGCGGAGGAUGCAGACGCCGCCGGCCCCUCUUCCUCCGCUGCUGCUGCGGCCACCACUGCUGUGGUAGGUGGCUAUAACCCCGCCAUUCACGGUGAUUACGAUCCUACGGCGCCUUAUGCGCAGCAAUACGAGCAGCACAACCAGGACACCGCGGGGGGAGGGGCGCUGGACCCGGAAAAGGCAUAUGAGGCCGUGGGCGCGUUCAACCGGUUUACGGGGCGGUGGCAGGCGGAGUCGCAGAAUACAGAGUACCACAAUGAUGAAAAUAAGUCGCACCGACAGAUGUAUGCAUUCUUUGAUGUGGAUGCGGCGGCGAAUAGUCAUGAUGGGCGGAGUCUGCGGGCGGAACGGAGUGCGAAGAAACUGACUAAGAAGGAGUUGAAGAUGUUCAAGGAGAAGAGGAGGGAGAAAAAGGAGGAAAAGAGACGGGCGUGGCUGAGGGAUUGA